AUGAUUUCGAUGAACACACAACAGGUCCAUACUGCUUCGAGAACCACCAUAGGCAAGGCGCAAGCAGACCUGGAGGGGACGCCAACUGAGCCUCUUCUUCCGCCACAUGUCAGCGGAUCGUACAAAGUGGAUGAGCGAGUCAUCGCAGCAUUCCCCGUUCCCAAGACUCAAGUAAUAGACGCCUACAAUUACGGCAAAUCGCUCUGGGGUAAAGCGGCCAAGAUUGUCGUCCAGCUUCCCACGGGACAAACCGACAACUACUUCCUCAAGGUGGUUUCUCUAGGAAGCAUAGGAAGGCACAUGUGCGAAGGCGAAUACGAAUCGCUCAAAUCCAUCUAUGCAGUCUCCCCUUCGUUCGUUCCACAGCCAUAUGGUUGGGGCCAGAUCGACGAAGAUUCAGCAGAGACGUACUUUCUGCUUGCGGCUUUUCGAGAUGUGGGAGAACAGCCCGCAGAUCCAGUCAAGUUAGCUGCGGGUCUAGCAGAUAUGCAUCAACGAUCCAUCCCACCAACCGGCAAAUUCGGCUUUCACUUCUCCACGUGCCAUGCGCGUAUCGCUCAGGCUGUCGAUACCUGGGAAGAUUCGUGGUGCACUGUGUAUAGUCGGCACCUUGGUCAUGUCAUGGAGCUUGCUAAGCCAAUGCUUCAAUGGCCUGAGUUCGACGUUGUUUGCGAUCUCACACUCCAGAAAGUGGUACCACGUCUUCUGUUACCUCUUCAAGCAGAAGGUCGAGUCCUGAAACCAUGCCUUAUCCACGGUGACUGUUGGGACGGAAACACCGCAAUGGACGCCAGGACAGGCGAGGCUUUCGUGUUCGACGUUUGCUCCUUCUACGGACACAAUGAGUAUGACACUGGCAACUGGAGAGCACCGCGCCAUCGGCUGAGCAGCAAGGCAUAUAUCCGAAAUUAUAAGCGUAAUUUCCCGGUAUCUGAGCCUGUAGAGGACUGGGACGCACGAAACCUGCUAUACUCGUUAACUUUCAACAUUGGUAACACUAUCUAUAUCCCGGGUUCACAGCAGCGUCAGGUCGUGUUUGACGAUAUGAAUACGCUGUGCCAGCUCUUCUGCCCUGACGAGCUGGAAGCCGCAAUGCUGAAGCUCAGGAGAGACUCUGCUGCCGGCGCAAGCUUGCAGACAGGCCGACCGAUAGCUGAUUUGAAUGACGAUUAUACGGAGGCCGGGGCGCAGGAAGAGGAGGAGGAGGAAGAGUUGCCGCUCUAG